UUUAAAGCCACGCCCACCAAUAAUAAGACACUGAAGAUACACCGAAGCCGCUCUAACCUUCAUACAAAGCAAAAUGCGAUACAUCACGUUCGGGUAAUAUUAGGCUUCUGAACAGGCGACUCAUGGAAGGAAUGCUGAGUAACUCUAUAAUCAUCUAAUCAUGGAGGUCUUCCUCAAACUGACCGGGCUUCUUCUAGGCACGCUGCUUUCUGAUUGGCUGACAGACGUCCUGUCUCGGGAUUUUACUAUAGCAGACAUCGAGCAGCUCUAUGUGUCAGCUACUCCACACCCUGGAGGGUUUAAAUGCUUCACCUGUGAAAAUGCUGAAGAUAAUUACUCCUGCAACCGCUGGGCUCCAGAUGAAUACUGUCCCAAGGAUACCGGAUUCUGUUACACGCGUCACCGGAUGAACUCUGACGGCGAAAGUGUCUCCGUCACAAAACGCUGUGUGUAUCAGGACGAGUGUGUGUCCACAGGCUGUGUGCAGCACCAAACCCACAUGGUCUGCAUUUCCUGUUGCGAAGGAAACAUCUGUAACCUGCCGGUACCGUGGAACAAGACGGAGGCCAUCUACUCUGCAAUCUCCCCAUUAAACCACGCAAUCAGAGUGUCUCCUGGGAAAAUCAGCAUGCUCUGCAUCAUCAUCAUCACCACCACCACCACCACCUUCCUGGUUAAUAACUUCAGUUAG